CCGUGACGGAGAAAAUCCAUACCCAUCACAGACUGUGGCAGACCUUUUGAUACAUGAUUUACGAUUAUAUAUCACUAGAAUCUCAUAAGAAUAUAUCAACUGCUUCCUUGUUGUAGUUCUAGAGAAUUAAGUAAGAAAUGAUGAAUGAGUGCGACCCACCGUAUAUCGAAGAAAACCGUAUUCGUGUGACUAGUAACAGCAGCUACAUAGUGUUGCACAUUUUUAAUCCCGCAAGGGAUUGUGCUAACAGCUUUUUUAUCUAUAGUUUUCAUUAAUAAAAAAAUGACCGCUUUUUUUAAAGAUAAACCAAAUCUAUAUAGAAAACCGUCAAAUUUAAAUUGUUGAACUGGCUCAGCCCACGUCAACAGCGACAAUUAAUGUCGCUGAAACAUGUAAUCAGUUGAAGGUUGCAUUGACACGAGUGCUCGAUCAGAAUGGAGAAACAAGACCUGCUCAAAUUCUUAUCGAUCGUCUAGUUGAUAAAGUACGUCGACUAACGAUGGACGCUGCUGCGGAUGUUCUUCGCUUCGUAUUCUAUCCAUUUGGUACACGAACCCUAGAUCAUGCAUCUCAGGUAUAUGAUACAACUCUUUUAAGCUCGUCUAAUCCACAUUGA